AAAAAAAAAAAAAAGAAUUAUUUCCAAAUUUCAAAACACGCCAAUAUGUACGGCUACACUUAUACUAACGAUAUCCAUUACGGCGCCGCCUACUCUACCACCCAAUACUACGGCGCCGCCCACGUCCCGCUGCCGCCAAUGGUGGCGCCGCCGGAAGCUCUGCCGUCCCUGCCGCCGCCGCUGGUGAUCCCCGGCAGCGACUACGACUCCCUGUCGCCGCUGAAGUCGGAGAUUAACGGCUACAGCAGCAGCGAAUACAGCAGCUACGGCUCCCCCAGCUCCGCCACCAGCUACGGCGGCAUAACCAACUUCCAGAGAAGCAUCAGCAGCCACUCCCUCCACAAGAACACCGACGGAUAUUUCCCCGUCGUCUCCUCGCCCACCGGAUUUCUCGACCUCGAUUGCACUCCGGUGAGAAAGGUUUUCAGCACCGGUGAUCUACCAGGAAUAAACUUGGUGCAACGUAACCAUAGGUCAGAGAGUCCACUAGCAAGUGAAAGCAACAGCAUAAUAGAAGGAAUGAACAAAGCAUGCCGGUAUAGUCCCGAGGAGAAGAAGGAGAGGAUUGAGAGAUAUCGGAAUAAGAGAAACUUACGCAACUUCACCAAGAAGAUCAAGUAUGAGUGCAGGAAAACCUUAGCAGAUAGCAGGCCACGGAUCCGAGGAAGGUUUGCCCGGAAUGAUGAGUCGUGUGAGAGGACACCUCAAAGUGAAUGGAACAUGAUUCGGGCUGGUUUAAUGGAGGAAGAUGAUGAUGGGGACAUGGAUGAUGAAGCUUGGAUCAAUUUGCAGAUGAUUGAUGAACUUAAUUUCCAGCAAAUCUAAUCUGCAGUGGGAGAUAUAAUGAUGAUGAUUAUGAUUAUGAUCAAGCUAAGUUUAGUAUCAUUAGAUAUUUGCAGUUUAAUUUUCUAGUUCAUUAAAAAAUAAAAGAAAAAAGAACAUUAAAGAUCUGAUGAUACUAAUUAAGGUAGUUUAGUUAUUAAUUAGUGUGAGUUGUUGGUAUAGAAGUCAAGUUUUAGGAUAGUUUCCUAAAGAAGAUGAAGAAGAAGAGCUUCCUAAGGUUUUAGUGUUAAGGAGCUCAUCAUGAUGGUGAUUUGGUAGUUGCUGUUUCAUUUACAUGUUUCUAAUGGUGCAUUAUUAUUGUAAGAGUCAUUUUUAAGGUUGUAAUUAUAAGUUGCUCAUGUACAAUUGUUUUAUUUUAUUGCAUUAUGAUUUGGGCUA